UGCCCCUAAGGAUCACGUUGUAGCCAAUGCAGCUGUGUCGCGGCUAACAGUUCAGGCUGGACGUGUGCCAAAACACUUUCACAUCAAAACAUGUAAAUAUAGGGUCAAGGUUGAGCUGUGAGACUAGAGCUCUUAAAAAUUGUUCAGUAAGAUUGCAGUCUCAGUUUUCUGAUAAAGGUUGUUUGAAAUGUCCAGAAUCUCAUGCAAGAGUAGAAUAUGUUAUAUGAUUUGUGUCCUUAUUGUAACUGAGUACACAUAAGAAAGUGCAGUCAAGCAAAAUGAUGAUUGAGCCACACAACACACAUGCUUAAGUACAUGUAAAACAGCUACAAGCUACACGUGAGUACAGUGUCUAACAGUAGUAAACCAAGAUGAAACACAUACCGGGACUAGAUUUGUCAAAAUGACAUGCAAUGAUGUUUUGAUUUGAGAUUCUCAGAGCAGUGUUCCAUGUACUCUACGAGCUGACACUUUAAAUUAUACAGAGUCUACUUAAUAUAUGUAUCACUGAACUCUUAAAAGUCUAGAUAUUGGUUUUGUUUGGCUCGUGAUGAUACUGGAGGUCACACUCAUGCAGUCCUGUUAUCCUUCACAUCACUCAGUAUUCCAGCUGCAGGUCCAAUAUACAGUCCUACACUGCAGGCUUUUUGGUGGGGCGCGUGCUUUCAAAAUUACCCUCCGCUGCGCUCGCACCUUAAAAAGCGCGUGCAUGGCUGAAGGUCACUCAAACACAAAAGGCUUUCAGCGCUGCGGUCCAAUAUAGCGCAUGCGCGCUGCCGGAGGACUGCUUCACAGACCGCAAUAUGGCGAGAAUGCCUGCCAGCGGAGACGCGGAGCAGGGGCAGAUGAGCCCCCCCGAGAGGAGCAGAGAGGAGGAUAAUGAGGAGGAAGAUGAAGAUGAAGAUGAGAUCCAGGAGGUCCAGAUAACCGGUGAGCAAGGGGAUGAGGAGUCCGAUAGAGAUGGUGUUGCGCUGGAGUGGGAGUCAGGGAGUACAGUGCUGGACUCCAGCGGUUCCGCCGCGGAGACACAAGCGGUCGUUACUCGGAGUAUGGACCAAGGAGAGGAGGAUAGAGAGGCGGACCCCCUCAGCGGCAAUAACGCAGUUCGGCUUGAGUCUCACGUGGAGGGAGACCUUCAGCGGUCAGAACGGAACAGGCUGAGCGAAAACACACGUCUGGCCACCCGGUACGCAGUGAGGAUCUUCAGGGAGUACCUCACUGAGAAAGCACAAAGUCCAGACUUUGAAAGUCUGGACAAGGAGGCGCUCUGCGCUGUGCUGCGCUCUUUUUACGCGGAGGCACGCUCGAAAAGUGGACAGCUGUACAGCAAGUCUUCCCUUAUUAGCAUUCGGAGCUCACUGAACCGGUACCUGAACGAGCCACCUUACUGUCGCACUUUAGACCUCACCAAAGACCCGGAGCUACGCAGCGCCAACCUGGCCCUGGCCGCGGUCAUACGGAGGCUGGAGGAGCAAGGCGCUGGCCCCGUGGUGCAGAAGCAAGCCAUCACACGCUCCGACCUGCGGAAACUGUACGAAUCCUCUGUGUUCAACACCGACACGCCAUUCGGACUGCUCAACAAAGUAUGGUUUGAGACCUGUAUGUACUUCUGCACCAGGGGCCGGGAGAACCAGCGGGAGCUGGAGGAGGACUCCUUCGGCUUGGCCAUUGAUGAGGACGGGAGAAAGUUUGUCUAUUUUAAAGCUCUUGGACCGUACCACAAGUCCCGCUCCGCCGCCUGGACCAAGAAACGCCCGGAAGCAGAUGAGGACACCUUGCCGCGGAUGUACGAGACGGGCACGGAGCAGUGCCCGUACGCCAGCUUCGUCCGGUACGUGUCUAAACGGAACCCUCUCUGUAGAGCGUUCUUCCAGCGACCUCGAGACCACUGCUGCGCGAGCGACGUGACAUGGUACGAAAAUAAAGCCAUCGGUAAGAACCUUUUGGGCACAAGGAUGCAGAUGUUGUCGCGCGCCGGCAAGCUCUCCAAGACCUACACUAACCACUGCAUCGGUGCUGUCUCCAUAGCAACGCUCAACAGCAUCGUUGGCGCCGCGGGCUCCGGGAAAACAACGACGCGUUAUGUUGCCUCGGAAACGGUCAUCGGUCACACGCAGUCCCACCUCCAGCUCGUGAUCCCGUACCUCCGCCGGGUAAGCGACGCUGCAGAUCUGAAGCUGCAGCGGACGAUGACAGAUACGGCAUCCGCAGCAAUAAACAUAUCGGCGGCAACAACAGCGAGUAGAGCCAUCCCUGAGGAGGACACGGGGGCUCCUGACGCCAAGAAGCUGUGCUUGCGCCCCAGGACACGCGCGGAGUCGCCUGUGGAGCAGAACGAGAGCGAAGCGGUGCCAGCUAUAGCCAAUGAGUCCCAUAAUCAUACAGUGCCCACUGUUCGGUCCCCGGCUGCUCUGGCCGUACAGGAAAUUCUUGGCAGCAGCAGUAGCAGCAGUAUGUCGAGUAAGCUGGUCUCUGUAUGUCCUGGGUCUCCUUUGGGCACCGCUGGCAUCCCCACACCAGCCAAGCUCACAAAAACCAAUGCACCUGUCCACAUCGAUGUGGGUGGACACAUGUACACCAGUAGCCUGGGAACCCUCACCAAGUACCCUGAAUCACGAAUCAGUCGUCUCUUUGAUGGAACGGAGCCCAUAGUGCUGGACUGUCUAAAGCAGCACUACUUCAUUGAUCGCGAUGGCCCUAUGUUCCGCUACAUACUAAACUUCCUCCGCACCUCAAAACUCCUCAUCCCUGAUGACUUCAAAGAAUACUCCCUGCUGUAUGAAGAGGCCAGUUUCUUCAAGUUGGCUCCACUACAGGCAGAGCUGGAGCACUGGAGGAACAAGCGAGAAUGCGGGAGGGUGUGUCUGGAGUGUGAGUGUGUUGUGAUACAUGUGGCUCCAGAUUUUGGUGAGAGGAUCAGUGUGAGCGCCCACCGGGAUGUGAUUGAGGAGGUUUUUCCUGAGGUGAAAGAUAUCAUGUCCAAUUCCCUGACCACCAGCUGGAACCAGGACUCCAAGCAAAUCAUUCGCUUUCCACUCAAUGGCUACUGCCAUCUCAACUCUGUCCAGGUGUUGGAGCGACUGCAGCACAGCGGGUUCUGGAUCACAUGUUCAUGUGGUGGUGGAGUUGACUCUUCACAGUUCAGCGAAUACAUUCUAAGGAGAGAGAACAGAGGCAGCCAACAGCCCCCCACCCUCAUCCAAAUCAAACAGGAACUCAUGGACUGAACUCAUCUGAAAUCACCAAGGACAUUUGUACACAUAUCAGCAACAAUGUCCUGUGAAACUAUGUGCUUAGAAAGCACAUCACAAACCUAGAACAGGUUCUCUGCCCAAUCAAAGAAAUUAACAAUUUCACCAGACAUAAAUACACAGUCUCCUAUGCUGCAGUGAAAACCACUACAUAGGUGACUGUGUUCAGGGGUGUAUCUUCUUUGAUAGUUAGUAAUAGUUGCCACAUUCAUUUCAGACAGUACAUUAUACAUUGUAAUGAUGAAAUAGGUGCAUCAGUGCAGGGACUGGCAUGAAAUUAUGAGAAAUGUCAUGUAGUUUUUAGGUACAUUGGCAUUAGCAUUUCUAUUGAUGCAGAAUGGAGGCUAAUCCAUGUGAUCUUUGACAAGGUAAAUUACAAUAUUACAAGGUAAACUGACAUUUUUUUUUAAAACACAAGGGUUUAAAAAACAGGAGUCUCACAGUCUGAGGAGUGAAGCUGCUCUGUAGUCUGGUGGUAUGUCAGCAGAUACUUCUGUAUGUGUUGCCAGAAGGCAGCA